AUGAUUGUUACAUCUUUUUGUUUGGCGGCUGGCCAGACUUCUGAACCCGGUGGUGGUCAAAGGGUUGAAGAAGGAUCGUCUAUUGCUGUUGAAACUCUUCGUGGUGAAACUGGUCCUUCUGAUCCUGCUGGUGCGAAAUGUGAAAAAAGUCCUCAAGAACAUGGUGUCGCUGCUAGUAGUUCAAACUGUGCUGUGGUUCCAGAUGGUCCUGCUCAGGGAAGAGAAUUGAGUGAGGGACCACAAGUUGAGGUAACUGCUUCUGGCACGGGUGCACAUAAAGAAGAAAUUCCUACCACUUCAUUGACAGAAAGUUCUACAGGUAUCAGUUCACGUGCUCCUGCUUCUCCUUCGCUGCCAACUCCCACUCCCGGCUCCCAACCAGGAUCGAGUGGUGACGGUGAUGCUGCAUCACUUCAUGGCUCGCGUGGAAGUGACGGUGCUCAUGUUCCACAGGAUCAGGAAAAUAACAACCGUGCAGAUCGAGAGCAAACGCAUACUCCUGACAGUGAGCAAGAAGAAGGAAAGAGGCACGGAACUCCAAAUGAAUCACAUAUCAAUUCUUCUGCUGAGACCAGUAAAAGUGAUGCUGAUGCCAAAGAGAAGGAAACUCCGCAGGAACAGACACCCGUUUCACAAGAAUCUCAACCAGACACCAACAAACGUGAGUCUAAUAACGCGGAACCCACGAACUCUGACAAUACACCCAAUAAUGAGGAAUCAACUUCAACCACUACCACCACUACAACCACCACCACAACAACAACACUUCCUCCUGAACUCACAAACAACAAAAAGAGUGAUGCAGACAGCAGCAGCAGUAUCAGCAGUUCUGUGUGGGUGCGUGUACCACUACUGAUUGUGGUUACACUGGCCUGUAUUCUUCUGUGCUGA